AUGUCGAACCCGCAGGGGAAGAAGGGGAACAGGAACACAGGCGGCGGCGGGCCGACUGGCGCCCGGUCGUCGGGGCAGGGGAUGAAGUUCGCUCGCCGGACUGCGAGCGGGCGGUACCUUAGCCUGUCACGUGAGGACAUCGACAUGGAGGGCGAGCUGGCGGCGGACUACGCCAACUACACGGUGCAGAUCCCGCCGACGCCGGACAACCAGCCCAUGAUGGACGGCGCGGAGCCGACGACCGUGGCAAUGAAGGCCGAGGAGCAGUACGUGUCCAACUCGCUCUUCACCGGCGGCUUCAACAGCGUCACGCGCGCCCACCUCAUGGACAGGGUCAUCGACUCCGACGUGACGCACCCGCAGAUGGCCGGCGUCAAGGGAGCCCGCUGCGCCAUGCCGGCCUGCGACGGCAAGGUCAUGCGCAACGAGCGCGGCGAGGACAUCGACCCCUGCGAGUGUAGGUUCAAGAUCUGCCGUGACUGCUACCUGGACGCCCAGAAGGACGGCUGCAUCUGCCCGGGGUGCAAGGAGCACUACAAGAUCGGCGAGUACGCCGACGACGACCCCAACGACGUCUCGUCGGGGAAGCUCCACCUCCCGGGCCCCGGCGGCCUCAACAACAACAAGUCCCUUCUCGCGCGGAACCAGAACGGCGAGUUCGACCAUAACCGGUGGCUCUUCGAGAGCUCCGGCACCUAUGGCUACGGCAACGCGUUCAUGCCCAAGGGCGGCAUGUACGAGGACGACCUGGACGAGGACGACCUCGGCGGCGACGGUGCCAUGCAGGACCUCAACCAGAAGCCGUUCAAGCCGCUGACGCGCAAAAUGCCGAUGCCGGCGUCCAUCAUCAGCCCGUACCGGAUCUUCAUUGUCAUCCGGAUGUUCGUGCUCAUAUUCUACCUCACGUGGCGUAUCCGUAACCCCAACAUGGAGGCGCUCUGGCUGUGGGGCAUGUCCAUCGUCUGCGAGCUCUGGUUCGCCUUCUCCUGGCUGCUCGACAUGCUCCCCAAGGUGAACCCCAUCAACCGGAGCACCGACCUCGCCGUGCUCAAGGAGAAGUUUGAGACGCCCACCCCGUCCAACCCACACGGCAGGUCCGACCUGCCGGGCCUGGACGUGUUCGUGUCCACGGCCGACCCGGAGAAGGAGCCGGUGCUCACCACGGCCAACACUAUACUGUCCAUCCUGGCCGUGGACUACCCGGUGGAGAAGCUCGCGUGCUACGUUUCGGAUGAUGGUGGCGCGCUGCUGACCUUCGAGGCGAUGGCGGAGGCGGCGAGCUUUGCCAACAUCUGGGUGCCGUUCUGCAAGAAGCACGAUAUCGAGCCCCGCAACCCCGACAGCUAUUUCAGCAUCAAAGGAGACCCGACCAAGGGCAAGCGGCGGUCGGACUUCGUCAAGGACCGGCGUAAGGUGAAGCGCGAGUAUGAUGAGUUCAAGGUGCGCAUCAACGGCCUCCCGGACUCCAUCCGCCGGCGCUCCGACGCCUUCAACGCCCGCGAGGACAUGAAGAUGCUCAAGCACCUCCGCGAGACGGGCGCCGACCCGUCUGAGCAGCCCAAAGUGAAGAAGGCGACCUGGAUGGCCGACGGCACGCAUUGGCCGGGUACUUGGGCCGCGUCGGCGCCUGACCACGCCAAAGGAAAUCACGCCGGCAUACUUCAGGUGAUGCUGAGGCCGCCGUCACCAGACACACUCUACGGGAUGCACGACGAGGAGCAGCUGAUCGACUACAGCGAUGUGGACAUCCGGCUGCCGAUGCUGGUAUACAUGUCAAGGGAGAAGCGGCCAGGGUACGACCACAACAAGAAGGCCGGAGCCAUGAAUGCGCUGGUGCGGUGCUCCGCCGUCAUGUCCAAUGGCCCCUUCAUCCUCAACUUCGACUGCGACCACUACAUCAACAACGCGCAGGCCGUCCGCGAGGCCAUGUGCUUCAUGAUGGACCGCGGUGGCGAGCGCAUCUGCUACAUCCAGUUCCCGCAGAGGUUCGAGGGCAUCGACCCAUCCGACCGCUACGCCAACCACAACACCGUCUUCUUCGACGGGAACAUGCGCGCGCUCGACGGCCUCCAGGGGCCCAUGUACGUCGGCACGGGCUGCAUGUUCCGGCGGUUCGCGCUCUACGGCUUCGACCCGCCCCGCACGGCGGAGUACACCGGCUGGAUGUUCAAGAAGAAGAAGGUGACCACGUUCAAGCAGGACCCGGAGUCGGACACGCAGUCGCUCAAGACGGAGGACUUCGACGCCGAGCUCACGGCGCAGCUGGUGCCCAGGCGUUUCGGCAACUCGUCGGCGAUGCUGGCGUCCAUCCCCGUCGCCGAGUUCCAGGCGCGCCCCAUCGCCGACCACCCGGCGAUACUGCACGGCAGGCCACCGGGCUCGCUCACCGUGCCUCGCGCUCCGCUCGACCCGCCCACCGUCGCCGAGGCCGUCUCCGUCAUCUCCUGCUGGUACGAGGACAAGACAGAGUGGGGCGAGCGCGUGGGGUGGAUCUACGGCUCCGUCACCGAGGACGUGGUCACCGGCUACCGCAUGCAUAACCGCGGCUGGCGCUCCGUCUACUGGAUCAGCAAGCGUGAUGCCUUCCUCGGCACUGCCCCCAUCAACAUGACCGACCGCCUGCAUCAGGUGCUGCGAUGGGCGACGGGGUCGGUGGAGAUCUUCUUCUCGCGGAACAACGCGUUCCUGGCGUCACGGAGACUCAUGUUCCUGCAGCGGGUGGCGUACCUCAACGUCGGCAUCUACCCGUUCACCUCCAUCUUCCUGCUCACCUACUGCUUCAUCCCGGCGCUCUCCCUCUUCUCCGGCUUCUUCAUCGUGCAGACGCUCAACGUCGCCUUCCUCUGCUACCUCCUCACCAUCACCAUCACCCUCAUCGCGCUUGGCGUCCUCGAGGUCAAGUGGUCCGGCAUAGAGCUCGAGGACUGGUGGCGCAACGAGCAGUUCUGGCUCAUCUCAGGCACAAGCGCGCACCUUUACGCGGUGGUGCAGGGGCUGCUCAAGGUGAUGGCCGGGAUCGAGAUCUCCUUCACGCUCACGGCCAAGGCGGCGGCGGAGGACAACGAGGACAUCUACGCGGACCUCUACGUCGUCAAGUGGUCGUCACUGCUCAUCCCGCCUAUCACCAUCGGCAUGAUCAACAUCAUCGCCAUCGCCUUUGCCUUCGCCCGCACCGUCUACAGCGACAACCCACGGUGGGGCAAGUUCAUCGGCGGCGGCUUCUUCAGCUUCUGGGUGCUCGCGCAUCUCUACCCAUUUGCAAAGGGCCUCAUGGGCCGCCGCGGCAAAACGCCCACUAUCGUCUUCGUCUGGUCAGGCCUCAUCUCCAUCACCAUCUCCCUCCUAUGGGUCGCCAUCAGUCCGCCCGACGCAAACUCUUCUGGCGGUGUUCGCGGUGCCGGGUUUCAGUUUCCUUGA